AUGGCUGAUGCACAGUUUGACAGUGCUCUCGAUCUCCUUCGACGCCUGAACCCUCGAGACAUAAAGGCCAAUCUCAAUGCGAUCACUUCCAUCGUUCCUGACCUGACAGAAGAUCUCCUUUCAUCCGUCGACCAACCCCUGGAGAUCCGUCGCUGCCCGCAGACAAACCGCGAUUACCUGCUUUGUGACUACAACCGUGACGGCGAUAGCUAUAGGUCACCAUGGAGCAACGAAUUUGACCCGCCGCUCGAGGAUGGCACGGUUCCUAGUGAUCGAGUGCGCAAGCUGGAGGUCGCGGCCAAUGAAGCCUUCGAUGUUUACCGGGAUCUCUACUACGAAGGCGGUGUUGGCAGUGUCUAUUUCUGGGACCUGGACGACGGCUUUGCCGGUGUUAUCCUAUUGAAGAAGGGUGUGAGCCCCGGUUCCCAGAGCUCCGGCGAGUGGGAUAGUAUUCACGUUUUCGAGUCCACCGACCGGGCGCGUAUGUCGCACUACAAAUUGACCAGCACGGUGAUCCUUCACUUAUCCAACGAGAGCCAAGCUCUUGGAGAAAUGGAUCUGAGUGGCAACAUGACUCGCCAGGUUGAGGUCGAUCUGCCUGUCGAGUCCGACGCAAGCCAUGUUGCCAACGUAGGCCGAUUGGUGGAAGAUAUGGAAUUGAAAAUGCGCAAUUUGCUACAGGAGGUUUAUUUCGGCAAGGCUAAGGAUGUAGUGGGCGAGCUACGAAGCCUGGCACCUUUGUCGGAAACCAACCGCGACCGCGCGACGCAGCUAGAGAUGAUCAAAUCCAUGCAGAAGUAG